AUGUUUGACUUCAAGCACAUCAAGCCGUUAGAUAAAGGCUAUGAGGAUAUGCCUGGAGCUAUGGUGCUGUUUUCAACCCCAGGUAUGUUACAUGGUGGACAAUCCUUGAAAGUGUUUCGUAAAUGGUGUCACGAUCCCAGAAAUAUGAUAAUCAUGCCAGGUUAUUGCGUAGCGGGUACUGUGGGAGCAAAAGUAAUAAGGGGGAUGAAGAAGAUUGAAAUUGAAGGAAAAAUGCACGACAUAAAUCUAGCUGUGGAAUACAUGUUAUUUAGCCCACAUGCUGAUGUUAAGGGAAUCAUGCAGGAGUUUCAUGUACCUGUCUUGAUGCCAGCUAAUGGAGAAUCGGUAGUGAUCCCAGGAAUUGCCACUUUGGAGGUCGACGUUCCCCAUGAUAUCGUUCAACGAUGCAUUGACCUCGAUCCAGCUCCUUCGAAGAAAGCGUGCCCAUUUUCUGCCUGUUUGAUUAUGGAUAAGCAGAAUGGUCUCGAAGUGAUUUCUUGCGAGGCAGCUGCGAAUAAACUGCAAAUGGGUCUUCAUACUAUCACUCUGUCGCAGCUGAUAAAAUCGCGUAAUCCCGUAGAUUGGAGAGCCCUCUCAGAGGCGCUGACAAUCCAUGACAGCAAUCUCCAGCAUAAGCAAGACGGAAUAGAGCUCUUCCAUGGUGAAAUAUGCGUUUUACCCGUAAAAGGAGACGAAAAUCAGGUGGAAUUGAUAUGGGAUGAGUGCCGAGAGGCCUGGCAAUCAGUGAUCAUGCAGACUAUACAAGAAACGCUCAGCAAACAGCCUCUAGGCAUAACCUGAGUUCUUUUCGAAACCAUUGCGAUAUGCAUCUUCAAUGAUCGUCAGUCAUGUACAUGUGAAAUCUCAUACUCGCUCUGAUAAUAAAUUAUUCAUGCGUUC